AUGGGAUAUUUUAAACCACAAUUUCCAGCCAUGGUCGACCUUAAGCAGCAGUUGAACGCAAUCGACUAUUUUGGUGUAGUGGCAGUAUGGCUAAGUUUCUUCUCAAUCAUUUUCAUCAUUUCCGUCACUUGUAUACUGUGGUGUUGUGUCAGCAAGGAUGACGACUCAACAGUAUUUGCAAAGGUUAAUAUUUAA